UUCCCCAAAGCUCUCGGGGUGGUGGUGGGGGGGACUCUUCGCUGAAUGGUGUGCGCGUGCGCAGGCUCAUAGCUGUCAUCCUCAUACGGAACAACAAGUCCCACCAAGCGAGGGGGGCGCAAGUAGUUACGGUCGCGGCCAGAAGCGCCUGACGAAGUGCGGCGGUCCUGACACGCAGCGCCCUCGGCUUGUGUCCUCAGGCUCCGGCGCUGCCAACCUCCUCUCGUCCAGCAGGUGUAGCAUUGAGCAGCCAUGGCUGCUCAAUCAUUGGACCCUCCUUCAAACCCAAGCUGUAAAAUAAUGACUUUUCGGCCUUCCGUGGAUGAAUUCAGAGAGUUUAACAAGUACUUGGCUUACAUGGAAUCAAAAGGUGCUCAUCGUGCUGGACUGGCAAAGGUGAUUCCUCCUAAGGAGUGGAAGCCAAGGAAACGUUACGAUGACAUUGAUGAUCUGAUGAUUCCAGCUCCAAUUCAACAGAUGGUUACUGGUCAGUCAGGGCUGUUCACUCAAUACAACAUUCAGAAAAAACCAAUGACUGUGAAGGAGUUUAGGCAACUUGCCAACAGUGACAAAUAUUGUACCCCAAGAUAUAUUGACUAUGAAGAUCUGGAGCGUAAAUACUGGAAAAAUUUAACUUUUGUGGCACCAAUCUAUGGGGCAGAUAUUAAUGGAAGCAUAUAUGAUGAAAAUAUUGCUGAAUGGAAUAUUGCUCAUCUCAAUACCAUACUAGAUGUUAUAGAAGAAGACUGUGGAAUCUCAAUUGAGGGUGUUAACACUCCAUAUCUGUAUUUUGGCAUGUGGAAAACAACAUUUGCAUGGCACACUGAAGAUAUGGAUCUCUACAGUAUUAAUUAUCUACACUUUGGAGAGCCAAAAUCAUGGUAUGCUAUCCCUCCAGAACAUGGAAAGCGACUUGAACGACUAGCUCAAGGAUUCUUCCCAAGCAGCUCUCAAGGAUGUGAUGCUUUUCUGCGCCAUAAGAUGACAUUAAUUUCUCCCUCAAUAUUGAAAAAAUAUGGAAUUCCAUUUAACAAAAUCACACAGGAGGCAGGAGAAUUUAUGAUCACUUUCCCAUAUGGCUACCAUGCAGGAUUUAACCAUGGGUUCAACUGUGCAGAGUCAACAAACUUUGCAACCAUCAGAUGGAUUGAUUAUGGAAAAGUAUCUAAAUUGUGUACCUGCAGGAAAGACAUGGUAACUAUAUCAAUGGAUGUCUUUGUGAGGAAAUUUCAGCCAGACAGAUACCAACUGUGGAAACAAGGGAAAGAUUUAUACACUAUUGAUCAUACAAAGCCCACCCCUGAAACGACACCUGAGGUAAAGGCCUGGUUGCAGAGAAGAAGAAAAACAAAGAGAUCUUCCAGGUGCUUCCAGCACACCCGAUCCCGAUCAAAAAAGCUUAAAACUCCAGAGGACAAGAAGGUAUCAACCAUAGUGUUUGGUACAGAAAUCACAGCCACUGAAGCAGCUACGGAUAACUUCAAGGUCAAUGAAAAGUCAUCAGAAAUAGUAAAGCCAGGAGACAUAGGAGUGCCUUCUGGGGAAGAACAAGACAUAAGCAGGAUGCAGAUAAAUCAGAAUUUACUGGAUAACAAAACGGUCUCAGGUCACAAGUUGUCAAAUUCACUUCUUCGCCAUGGUCCUGUAAUGAAAAAAAAGGGAACUGAAGAUGAAGAGAAAGAAGACUCUGGUUUUGUUCACUUUUGUCCAGAAGAAUCUGCAGUGGCCUUGCUUUCAUCUACUAGUUGCAACCUGGAAGGAGAUGUAAAAUCUUCAUCUACUUCAAGGCGGGCUCUCAAGUAUGCUUCUUCAGAAGCUGAGAGCUUGGAGAAAGAAGAAACUAGCAGCGUGUCGACAGAAGAGGAUAUCAGUGAUCUUGAGAGCAGUGAAAAUGGCUUGGAACCAGGAGAAAUAUCGCUAAUAACUGAAGGAGAGAGAAUGAAAACAUCUAAAAGCUGGCGUCAUCCACUCAGUAAACCUCCUGCUAGAUCUCCUAUGACUCUGGUUAAACAGCAGGUCACGAGUGAUGAAGAACUGCCUGAGGCUCUUUUAAUCGAAGAGGAAAUACAAGAAACAGAGUCCUGGGCCAAGCCUCUUGUUUACCUUUGGCAGACUAGAGCACCAAAUUUUACUGCAGAAAAAGAGUACAACGCAGCUGUUGCCAGAUUGGAACCCUGUUGUGCCAUAUGCACACUUCUCAAGCCUUACUACAAGGCUGACAAACCUAAUGAAGAAAGCUAUACUUGCUCAGAAGCAGAACAAAGAGAAAUAUUUGUUGCCAGAGAAAAGACAAAACCACUUAUUCCAGAGAUAUGUUUUAUUUAUAGUGAGGAGAACACAGAAAACUAUCCGUCCAAUGGCUUUAUUGAAGAAGAUGGAACAAGCCUUCUGAUUUCCUGUGCAAAAUGUUGUGUACGGGUUCAUGCAAGUUGCUAUGGUGUUCCUUCACAUGAAAUCUAUGAUGGAUGGCUAUGUUCUCGAUGCAAAAGAGAAGCUUGGACAGCUGAAUGUUGUCUUUGUAAUUUGAGAGGUGGAGCACUCAAGCAAACCACUGACAAAAAGUGGGCUCAUGUUAUGUGUGCCAUUGCUAUUCCCGAAGUCAGAUUCGUUAACGUCACAGAAAGGACACCAAUAGACACAACCAGAAUACCUUUGCAGAGGUUAAAACUGAAAUGUGUCUUCUGCCGACAGAGAAUUAAGAAAAUAUCUGGUGCCUGCAUCCAGUGUUCUUAUGGACGUUGUCCAGCUUCUUUCCAUGUUACAUGUGCUCAUGCUGCAGGAGUAUUGAUGGAACCAGAUGACUGGCCUUAUGUUGUCUAUGUCACAUGUUUCAGACACAAAGUGAAUCAAAAUGUGAGAACCAAAGCCUUUGAAAAAGCAAUCUCAGUCGGGCAAACCGUCAUAGCAAAACACAGGAACACACGAUACUAUAGCUGCAGAGUAAUAGAAGUUACAUCUCAACUUUUCUAUGAAGUCAUGUUUGAUGAUGGAUCCUUCAGCCGGGAUACCUUUCCUGAAGACAUUGUGAGCAGAGAUUGCCUGAAGCUGGGCCCACCUGCAGAGGGAGAGGUUGUUCAAGUGAAGUGGCCAGAUGGAAAACUUUAUGGUGCAAAAUAUUUAGGAACCAACGUAGCUUAUAUGUACCAGGUAGAGUUUGAAGAUGGCUCUCAGAUAGCAACGAAGAGAGAAGAAAUCUACACCCUUGAUGAGGAGCUGCCCAAGAGAGUGAGAGCUCGAUUUUCUACAGCUUCUGAUAUGCGGUUUGAAGACACCUUCUAUGGAGCUGAUAUUAUCCAGGGAGAAAAGAAAAGGCAGAGGGUACUGAGUUCCAGAUUUAAGAAUGAAUAUGUGGAUGACCCUGGAUAUCGCAGCUUCCUGAAAACCUCAUUCCAGAAGAAGUGCCAGAAGAGACUAUGAAGGAAGAAAUGCUCGUGCUUACCUCCUCCCUUUUUCUUUGUGUGUGCAGGGGAUUAAAUGUAUUAAGUGUGAGGUGAAGGAAAAAUGGAAGUAAUCAUUAUUUUGAAGAACUAUCUUUUCAAAACAAGGCUUGUAGCUUGUGGUUAGCAUACUUCUUGAGGUAUGCCAAGAGUCAGACCCUUAGAGCCUUUGUUAACUUCAGGUCCCGAAUUUGAGGUUAAAAAUUUAAAGGGUCUGAUUUGCAUCCAAGAUUAGUCAGUGUCAUGUUGGGAAUGAGAUGCCCUGUCAAAUAAUGUGCAUAAGAACCCACAUAAGCAUAUAUCAGUGAAUACCUAGUCUUGUCAGCACAUCAAUCACAGGUAAAAUCUACAGUCUCACAACAGCUAUGAGUGAAGAACCAGGCCAAGGGAUAGUACAGUAGUAGUUAUACCUACCUAGAUGGAGAUUUGUCCAAAGGCUAGGAAUCUCAGUGACAGAAGGUUGUCAGCAGAUAGGAAAUAGAGUUAUGCCCUUUUGCUAUGAGACAUUUGGUGUUUUUAUUAAUGGUUUUUAAAAAAGCUUUUCUAAAACAAAUGCAAAUAUAAACAGCACUGAUCUCUCCAAAUACUGUAUGGUCAUUAAUGUGUACAGUACUCUUCACAUUGUUUAUGCUUUCAUUGCUUUCAGUUACUUCCGGGACAAGACUCAGCUGUUGAAAUGAGAUGGGGUAGGGUGGUGGGUGAGGACGUGUUGUUUCUAAAGGAGGAAGUCUUCAGAAAAAGGGGUAUAUUUAAAGAGAGAGAUUUUUUUGGCAUCUAUUUUUAAAUAUUUUUUUCAUGAUACUCUUGGGGGAAAACAGCAAUUUGUACAAUAAAUUGUCUUUCAUUGUGUUUGUAAAAUUAGAGUUUACAUAUCUUUGCUUGGCAGGCUAGUUUUGAACGAAUGUAAUAUAGUAAUAUAAUAUGGUCUUCCCUUUUGAAAUGAUAGUCUGCAAAAUGUAGUAGUGUUUGAAAUAAAUAAUGUCCCUUUGCUUACUAA